AUGAAUAAAAAUAAACUUAUUCAUGAUUUUCUGGAAGUCGUUUCAAAAGGUGAUGUGGAGCUCAUCUGUGAUCAUAUUACUAAUGUCCAUUCCAUUCUCGGAAACCUUGACUUUCAGCACCCAGAGACUGGGAAUACACCCCUCAUAACUGCAGCAGAAGAAAAUCUAACAGAGGUUGUUGGAUUUCUUCUGGAAAAGGGUGCAGAUAUCACCCUCUGCAAUUACAGCAACCUGACUGCGGUGCACGUGGCUAGUUGUGACAUCCAAAGACAGCUCUUGGCUAUCAAUGGAGCCCAGGCUCCUCAAAGGCAACUUCUACAGAGUUCAUGGCAAGGCGAUCUCGAACAACUUCAGCACUUACUGGAAUCUGAAGAGUUCCUGGACAUAAAUUUCCCAAACCAACAUGGCUUGACCCCUCUGAUGCUGGCUGUGAGAGAUGUGGACCUGUUUGAGAGUCUUGAUAUGUUAACAGCAUACAGACCUGUGGAAGUUCUGUCUGAGCUCCUCAGGCACCAUGCAGAUCCCAAACUCUGCGAUUUUAGUGGAAAAUCAGCAAUACAUUAUGUGUCACAAAUAGAGAGUUUGAGGAGACAGCAGUUAUUGGACAUUCUAAUGAAUUCUAUGCCAAAACCAGAAACACAUGCUGAAUCAUUGCUUGACAUUUGUCAUGAUACAAACUCUUCUCCAACGGAUGUAAUGACAGUCACCAAAACUCAAAACAUAAUCUUGCAAAGCAUCAGUGAAAGUGAGGGCUCUGACCUAGAUGAGAACCGCAGUCAUUCCACGUUCGUUAGUGAAGAAGGAGACCCUGGCGGUGAGCUACAAGGCUGGCAGCCCAGAACAGAAGAAUUUUCUACAUCUGAUCCAAAGUACAGUAGCCGCAGAAUUGAGUUCCCUCUGCCACCAUUGUCACUGUUGCCCAUGAGAUCGGGUGUCUUGACCAUUCCCCCAAAUUACAAAUUUCCAAAGGAGAGACAAAGACAUAUUCCCAGUCAAACAUCCUUCAUUCCUAAGCUCUCAGAGCCCAUUAGUCAAUCUGAUGCGUUUAGUCCAUCACACAAGCAGCAGGAAGCCCCAGUGAAGGUGCUGGUGGAUCAGACUCUCAGGUCUUCUGAUCACUCCAUUUGGUCAAGAAAUAUGUGCUCUUUCCGCAAGGCUAGCCAUCACAGACAAGACCUGGAGAGGGAGACGAGCUGGCAAUCCAAGGAAGCAGACGGAUGGGACAACGCCGGAAUCUCUGACUUUGAGAAAGGGCACUCUUUGGUGGCCUUUGGGAAUUGUGAGGAAGAUAACAUUCCUACAGACACAGAGGGGAAUAUUGACCAUGGUAGUGGAAAGAAAAAAGCAGAAGAGAAUUGUCAAUAUCUUUCAUCAGGAGAGGAAGAGAGCUCAGGAGUCAGAAGCUGUGACCAAGAUUCAGAAAUUGUAUGUGCCAUUCCAAGUAAGCUCCCAGAAGCCCAGCACUCAGGAAUAACUCCUAACCAGGAUGAAGAGAUUAGAAAUGGAAAAUCUGAUUCAAAAAGCACUUCAUUAUGUAAAGGUGAAGCAACGGAAUCCAACGACAGUUUAGAAGAACUUACUGUACUUAAAAACUUGACCAAUGUAGCCUCUGAUGACCCCACUGGGAAAGUCCCAGAAGGUCAUGAUGGCGUGCAGACAAACAUAAAAAUAUCAACAGCAAGGGAAACCAAACUAGAAGUGAAUGGGAUGGUGCCUCUUAUCCCAGUCACUUUCCCAGGAGGUAGAACCCCCAAGGAACCAGCUAUAGCCAAACCAAGGCUCCAAAAAAGAAAGGGCCCCAUUCAUAGCAACAGCUUUAACACACUUGCACACCCAGAAAAUGACAAGCAUAAGGUGAAUACCCAUCGGAAUAAAUUGGAGUCAAAGACCAAAACAAGUAACAGGACACCUCACAAUUUCAUGAUUUCCAUUGAAGAUUCGAUUAAGACCACCAUGCCUAAAGCCAGCAUAAAAACUCAGGUUUUCCCUGCUUUGAGACUUGUUGACCCUAGGCCUCAGCAACUGCCUAGAUUUCAAAGGAUUGUGCCACAGAUAGAAAAGAAGGAAUCAAUUCACUGGACCCAGAAACCUAAAAAGCAAUCAUUUCCUUGCAUCUGUAAAAAUCCAAGAAUAAAAAAAUCACAAGUUCCUCUCUCUGUUCAACCAACAGAACCGAGACUGAAUUACCUAGAUCUUAAGUACAGCGACAUGUUCAAAGAAAUCAACUCAGCUGCCGAUGGACCAGGAAUCUAUGAAAUGUUUGGUACCCCUGUCUACUGUCACAUCAGAGAAGCUGAACGGCAUGAAAACAAGUAUUACCGUGAGAUAUGCUCAGCUCCAUCUGGCAGAUCUACCACCAGUAAAUGCCGGUCUUCACACAAUGAGAGGAGCGGCAAUAGCAGAACAAGACUUGCCCAGAGAAGACCACGUACCCAACCCCCAAAGGCUUCACUUGGCAUUAAACCAAAGCACAAGGUUUUAAUUUCUAAAGAAAAGGGCUGCAGGGCUGUAGGUAGCAACCUCCGAGACACUGAAGAUGGUGCUGCUACUUCAGAACCAGAUCGACAGACAAAAUCAUCAGAAAAUGACUUGCGAUCUGCCCAAGAUGAAGUUCAGCCCACGAACCUGGCUCAGACUCCUGAGAAGUCCACCGAGCAGAACGAAUUCCUUCCUAGCUCAGAUUUAUCCCCUGUUGAAGAAGUCUCCGUAGAAGAGCCUACUAGUGGAGAUUUUUCUAGCAAUCAGAUACUCACCGUGAGCCUUAGCGAUCUGCAAGAGCUUGAAGGGCUGCACCAGCAGACCGUGUUUGUCCCCUCAGAAAACAGCUGGGCAGUGCCCAGUGAGAAGAGUUCUUACAAACACAUAUUGCAAGAAAAGCAGACUAUGGCAACUCUUGGUAAAAUAAAUGCCAGCCAAGUGUUAGCUGAUGAUCUGGAGUUUGAUAGCAUUUCAGAUGACUCUAAAAUGUUUAUGAGUUUCUCUUUCCAAGAGAGACAGGAAAGGUCCUCUUCCCCAACAUACCAACAUUGGACACAUCCCGCGGAUCAUGAUAGUUUUGCAAAUAAGUCAAUCACAUACCAGACAUUUGGAGACACUUUAGGUGUUGCAAAUUCAAUUUCCCCAGAAAGUCUGGACUCAGUAAAGAAUGAAGAAUUGACAGAUGAGCUAUUGGGUUGCCUAGCUGCAGAACUGUUAGCUCUUGAUGAGAAAGAUAACAGCUCUUGUCAAAUGAUGGCAAAUGAAACAGAUCCUGAAAACCUCAGUCUUGUCCUUGGUGGGAGAGGACACAGCAUCAAAGAACUGGGCACAGCCACAGCAAAUGUCAAAACACAGACAUACAGUAAUGGGUUCAGGAUACAUGGCAGAGAGGAGCAAUUUCUCAAUGCAAAUAAAAAGAAGACAUAUUCUGAGACUAGUUUAAAGAAUGAAGACUCUAUCCUGUGGACCAAGGGUGAGAUCCUUGGGAAGGGAGCCUACGGCACAGUAUACUGUGGUCUCACUAGCCAAGGGCAGCUAAUAGCUGUAAAACAGGUGGCUCUGGAUACCUCUGAUAAAGUAGCUACUGAAAAAGAGUACCGGAAACUUCAGGAAGAAGUAGAGCUUCUGAAAGCACUGAAACAUGUCAACAUUGUGGCUUAUCUGGGGACGCGCUUGGAAGAGAACACUGUAAGCAUUUUCAUGGAGUUUGUCCCUGGUGGCUCAAUCUCGAGUAUUAUAAACCGCUUCGGGCCAUUGCCGGAGAUGGUGUUCUGUAAGUAUACAAAACAAAUUCUGCAAGGCGUUGCUUAUCUCCAUGAGAACUGUGUGGUGCAUCGCGACAUCAAAGGGAAUAAUGUUAUGCUCAUGCCAACGGGAAUCAUAAAGCUGAUUGAUUUUGGCUGUGCCAAGCGUUUGGCCUGGGCAGGCCUAAAUGGCACCCACAGUGACAUGCUUAAGUCCAUGCACGGGACUCCAUACUGGAUGGCCCCAGAAGUCAUCAGUGAGUCUGGCUACGGAAGGAAAUCGGAUAUCUGGAGCAUUGGGUGCACUGUGUUUGAGAUGGCCACGGGAAAGCCCCCGCUGGCUUCCAUGGACAGGAUGGCAGCCAUGUUUUACAUCGGAGCUCACCGGGGACUGAUGCCUUCCCUGCCGGACCACUUCUCCGAAAACGCAGCGGACUUCGUGCGCAUGUGCCUAACCAGGGACCAGCAUGAGCGACCCUCGGCUCUCCAGCUCCUGAGCCACCCCUUCCUGAAGAGAAGCCACUGA